CUCGACGGUCAACAACCCUCUUUCAAGAAAUUUCCCAACAUUACUUUCUACGAUUUUGACACAUUUAUUUUUGCUUUGGCUUCGAGCAUAGCCAUUCACGAAUCGUGAGCUAGCUAUCCCGUUAGUGGUUAGGCGUGAAGUUAUUCGGUAGUAAAAGGUCAUAGAUUUGAUUAUCAAGCCCUAAAAAUGUAAAUGGUUAGUGCUCAAAAACGAGCACCAACGACGAAAUGAUUGAUAUAAACAGAUUUAGCAUAAUAAAUUUAAAGCAAGAAAACCCAGAAUUAGGUGGUGUAGAAAAUUUUAGAUGAGUAAGGUGCUCUCGUAAAUUGUUAGCCGAAUGAUUGAAAGUCUCUUUGUUCACACUCAAUCUAUUGUGUAGAAACAAGAGAUUUUCUUGACAGUCUGGAUAAUUAGAAAAAUCAUACUAAGGCGGUGAAUACGAAAAUAAACAGUAACUUACAGAUAAUAGUCUAACAGAUAUUUUGUUUUCAGUCAUUUAUAGAUGUCAGAAACUGAAGUGCUAUGGAAGUAGAUUUAACAUUAAGUGCUGAAGAUGUCAAUCCAUUGGAAGAGGCAUUAUAUAGUUUGCCCCUGGUACGGUUAGCAGGUGAAUUUGAUCCUGAUGUCAUUUCUCAAUUAGCUGCUUUAAAAGAGAGAAAAAAGGAUGCCAAAACAUGUUUCAUUAACACAUUAUAUAAUAAAAAUGUUUUGGAGGCCAUUAAAAAUGAAAAGGAAGUAAACCAAGCCGAUGAAAAGUUAAAAGCAACUAUGAAAGAGUUGCAGAAGUCCACAUCAGACCUUGAAAACUCUCUACAGAAUAUUCAUUCAUUGUGUGAAACUUCGGACCAAGCAUUUAAUUUGAUAAAGACUAAAAUAACCGAGUUGGAGACAAAAUCCUCUUAUCUGGAGGAAAGGAAAAAAGUUCUUGAGAAUUUGAAAAAUGUCCAGAACCAAAAUAACAAAGAUAAAAUCAGCAAGGAAGAGAAUGAAAAGAGACAAAAAGAGAUUAUGGAUGUAAUAGGUAAAGUUGAAGAGAACAUAAAGCUACAGAAACUAAAGAUAAGGAAAUAUGAAAUGAGUAUUAGUAGAGCUGAAGAAAGAAUAGAGCUAUUAAAAAAUAUCAAUUCUGAAGAAUCAGUUUAUAUGUUUGAUCAGCAGAAAUUAGAAAGUCACAGACAGCUACUACAUCAUGUGGAAUCUUUGGGGGAGAAAAAUAUCAAAAUAAUGUCUGACAAUCAAAUCCAGAUAGAAUUUAAAAAUACAACAAUUGAAGGAGAUAAAGACAAGCCUACAUUGAUAUUAACUGUAGAAUUUAAACAGGGAUAUAUGAAUACUUCAGUACUAGCCAAUGCCAUGAUUAACAACCCAUCAUUAGAUGUAAAUGAUAUUGUAGAGGAUUGUGUUAGAAAUAAUGAUUUAAAAGGUUUAGUUUCACAGCUAAAAACGAGGUGGUAUUCACAUGUACCGUUGCUUACAGAAAUAACUCACUUACAAAACAGUUCUGCUAUAGAUUGGAUACAAGAAGAUAGUUUAUUAAGAGUAAUGGUAGGAAAAGGUGGUAGUGUGGUGUGUACCUUAUCUAUCCCUUUUAACUAUCCAUUACAUGGUUCUAUACAGUUGGUAGAUAUUAGAGGUUGUAAAGCAGAGGCUCAACAAAUACAGACAACAACAGAUUGCAAAGCUCUUGAAGAAUGGGUAGAAUAUUUGGAAGGAAAGUUUGGAAAACCUUGACAUAUGAAUUUGUAUCAUUUCAAGGACAAAUAAAAAUUUGUAUAUAGUUAAUUCUC